AUGCGUUUGAGGCACAAGCGCAUCUCCUUGGACGUCCCCGUUGGCCAUGGUGGACCGCGUCCUGCACCUUUGGAGGAUGGUAAAGGUCCGUCUUAUGCCAUACAGGUUCAGCCAUCUAUCACCUUCACCUACGGCUUGCUAGCAGUAGGCGUGGAUGCUGGUGAUUUCAGCAACCUUGGUUAUGCUGGAGGCCUUGCUCCUUUGUGA